GUGGGAGUGAGAGAGGCAGUGUGGGAGAGUGAGAGAGAGUGUAGGACUGCUCAGGGAGAGAUCAGCAACGCGACGAUGUUUACAGUGCGGGAGGCGAGGCCUGAGGACAGCGAGCACAUUGUCCGAAUGAUCAAGGAGCUGGCGGAAUAUGAGAAGCUUGCUCACCAGGUGAUUCAAACAGCAGAAGGUCUGAUACGGGAUGGAUUCACAGAAGGUCCCUAUUACAAAAGUCUUGUGGCAGAGGUUCCAGCAGAUCAGGCAUGUCGAGGACACACAGUGGUGGGCUACGCAUUGUAUUUCUUCAGCUACGUGGGCUGGAAGGGCAGGACGGUGUAUUUAGAAGAUCUCUACGUGAUGGAAGAGCUUCGAGGGAAAGGAAUCGGGAGUGCGUUACUGCGCAAAGUGGCUGAGAUCGCGUUGCAGAACAAAUGCUCCCUGUUGAACUUUGUCGUCCUGAACACCAACUUUCCAAGCAUUGACUUCUACCAGGCGAAGGGGGCCGUGGACCUGACCAAGUCGGAAGGCUGGCAUCUCUUCAGGUUGGGGCAGGAACAGCUGGAAAAGCUAGCAGGAGGAAAGGGGCAGAAUGCCCCAGCCUCUCCCUCUCCAUAAACAGGGAGAACACCGAGAAUUCCCUGUUAGCAAGAGAAAUCCCAGCCUGGCCAUGAAGAAUGGGGAAUCCCUAUGUAAACCAGUCACGCUGCAAUCAUAGCCUCCCUCCAGCAUGUGAUGCUACAGGACGAUGAUCAUGUGAUUUGCUGCCACCUCGCCAUCACAGAGAAUCUUUUCACUGACUAAUUCAAGCGUCCUCUCCAUCUUUUACAUCCACUAUAACCUGUUCAUCGGUGUUACUGACCCCUUAGUGUUGGAUCAAUUGUCCUGCGCACUGUAAUUUUGAUUGAGAUUAAACUUAUUACUUCUUCAA